AUGGGAGAGGCAAAAAUUAAACAUGAGUCUGUCUGAGGGGCAACUGCAAAAACUUGACAGAUUGUGUGCAUCUGAAAAUCAUUGCUUCAAAUGACUUUUCACAAAGGGCAAGAUCAGCAGUACCCAUAAAAAUUCCCUUAUUUCUGAAAAAUAAAAACUGAAUAAUCAGAAGAAAUUUUUUGUUUUGAGAGAGAUGGGAAGCAGGAACAGAGGAGAAGUAAAUUACAGAAAUCCAUGUUUGACAAUGCAUCAGCCAUGGGCUUCUUUGCUUGUUUAUGGUAUCAAACGCAUUGAAGGAAGAUCUUGGCCUGCACCCAUUAGAGGUCGACUUUGGAUUCAUGCUGCUAGUAAAAUCCCAGAACCUGAAACUAUCAAAGCAAUGGAGGACUUCUACAGGGAAAUCUAUGCUGUGAAUGACGUAACAGAUCUCAAGUUUCCUGAGCAUUAUCCAGUCUCAAGACUUCUAGGUUGUGUUGAAGUAGUUGGAUGUGUCACAUGUGACGAGCUAGUCAACUGGGAUCAGAUUCCCGAAGGGGUGAGGCUAGAGGGACAAACAAAGUUUUGCUGGCUUUGUGAGCAGCCACAGAAACUUAUCGUACCAUUUGAGAUGAGAGGGUUCCAAGGUGUUUAUAACUUGGAAAGAAAGAUACAUGAAGCUGCAAUCCGAGGUAUCUCUCCAGUUGCGCCCCCACUUCCAGUGAAAUUUCCCCUUCCAAAUCUGCGGGAUCCCUUUUCAUUGAAGCCAAGAUCCCUUGCUUCCUUCCCAAGUAGCUCCAGUACAUCUGAGGUAAACAACCGAUCUGAAAAUCUUGUUGCUGCAAUAGCUGGAGCUCGAGCGGCUGCCACACAGUUUUCUAAGAAUGGCAAUUCUCCGUCCAAUACAGUCGAGGUAGGAGAUGAUUCAAGGACAGGAAAUAAGUAUCGGAGGGCUCAAUGAUGAGCAAGUUGCUCGAAAAGCUUGGUCAAACAACCUCGUCCUAAGAUAGUUAGUGGCUAGUAUAUAUACCGAAUAAUUGAUAAAAAACUAUGCAGUUUUUGGAGGUCUAGUUAUUUAGUUGGGGCUUUGCUGUUAUGGUUUUAAGUUCUUUUUGCACAUCUAGACUCUCAACUGUGUCAAUUGCACAUCUAGACACCUCGUCUCAACUGCGUCAGUUGAACACUUCAACUUAGGGAGUGCACUUCAGACAAUACUUGCCCAUGCUUGUGUGUGAAUGUAAGAUACACAUCUUGUAUAUAAACUUUUAUCACUUAUCACGGUUAUAUGAUAUAUAAUCUCACUCUAAUUCGUAACUCUUAUGAUUAAAUUACUUGGCAAUUUGAUGUAAACUCUGGUUUCCGUCCUUAAACCUUAUUCUUCUCACAUCCAUAUAGUGAAUUCCUUAAUAUAAGGAAACAAAAGAUCACACAAAUUUCAUGUUCCUGUCAAGACAAGAUACUAUAAAGAAGACCACAAUGAACUUUAGUUUAACAAACACAUUGCAAAUAUGUCUUCCUCCAAAUGCUUGCUAGUCAUGUUCUUUGCACUAAUGGUCCUUACUACAUUUUCAUUUGCUGAUCAACACCACCAAAAUACCAAUAAUGAGCUUGGUUCUGCCACUAAUCAGCCAAACAAGAAAGCUUACAUAGCCAUGGAACCAGAUCCUGAUCACAAGUAUGAGUCCAACUGGAAUUCAUUCAUAAAACAUAAGAUCCUGAACACAUGAAGAGGAUGGUGGAUCAAUGAUGAUAGACUUUGAGUCAUCUUAAUCAUGUUAUGGUAAUACUUGUAUGGUUAAAUAAAAUGCAUUUUUGGUCCUAAAAAAUGACCAAAUUGUUGUAAUGAAAAAUAAUAUUUGAAAAGCUAAUGUUUUUAUACUUUUAUCUGAAUAAUCAUUUGUCAAGACUCUUUGGCGUAAGUUCCUUAGUUUGAACAUGACAUUAGUCCAUGUUGCUAUUUCUGUAUCCAGAGAGGAGAACGUUCAGUGGAAUAAUUUUUUAAAUGUA